CGGCAAAGCUGCUGAAUGCUGAACACACAGCCGGCCGGUGCAGCAGCCAGCUACAGCAUUGGGUAGCGUGUAGCGUCUCCCGCACUCCACAGGGAGUGCACAAGAAGCCUCUUGCCGUUUAACACCCCAAAACAGAACCCAAAACCUCGCCCGGUUGGCGAGUGGGGGGUCAUGGGGUUGUAUGUGACGUCACAAUAGUAGGUGGUGCCCCACUGCCAGCCACGGCCGCGUGCCGUGAUGGCGCAGGUCGUGCCGGUGUUCGCAGCAUCUGACGAAACGUGGAUUGCUUUCGUUUCGAAGUUUGAAAACGUCUUGAGAAGUGCAUCACAGCAGGUGAAGAUUGAACGUCUCCUCGUACAGCGAAAUUGUGAAGCUUGCAGGCAGUUUCUUUCAGAGUACAAGAGUUCAGAAGAGUGCAACGAAGCUGACUUACCAGCCCCGUCCAACCACAUUACCAAUGCAGUGAGCAAGAAGCUCCAUGACGCUGUGAUCAGUGCCGACGCUCUUUUAGGUGAUGCCCAAGCCCUGAGGCAAGGGCGAUCUGUGGUCAAGAACAAGGAGAGGAAGGCAGGAGGUCCUCUGGUACGAUGUGCCAGGACUGUGGAGCGCAGUAAACAGACUGGGACAAACUGGGCUAAAUCAUCUGCAGCACCUAAGGCCAUAGAGACGGAAGUUGCCAAGUGUCGUUCUCGAACACGUAGUCAGUCCCUGGUACCUCUUGGACGUGGCACCAGCAAAGGUGCAGUGAGAGCAUGCUCCAUCACACGUAAGGAAUGUGCUGGACAACGGGAAAUAAAACCAGCUAGAGGAAGGGAAUCUCUAAGGAAUGGAUAUCAGGAAGACUGCAGAAAGAAAUACGUAGCUUUAAUAGUUCCACCUGGGACCAGAGAGAGAUACAGUGAAUAUGAGAGAGCCACAGCCAAAGCUAGAACUGUGGCUGCCACUCAAGUUCCUGGUCGAACAAGAUUCCUCGCAUUGCUUAACGAAAAGAACUGGACUGCCAAUGAAGAAAAUACAGCGAAGCACUCAUUCGAAGACAUCAUGGUGCCAACCCACGUGACGUAUUCGUCGUUAUGUCAUCUUCGUGACUUGGCGGAGACUGUUGCCAAACUUCGAGAUGUCCAACUCAGAUCAUAUAUCAACCACACUUUGAGCAAGAGCAUGAUGAGCAUGCUACGGGACAUGGAUCGAAAUGAUCCGAAUUUUGUUACAGUAUUCAGAUGCCUCUACAGCAUCCUUAUCAGCGAGAGCAGGAGCUUUCCAGUUUUUGUCAAGAACAAUGGUUGAAGAUACUCUAGCCCUCGUGCUACUCAGAAGAUACUCUGUACCUUUUGCGCGUCAAGUGUUGAGGAUGUUCUCAAUUAUUGCGGUAGUCAUCGUUUUUGUGCCACCACGCAUUGUUCCUAUUAGGACAUUCGAUUAUUUAUGUCGUUAAUAAAAUUUGACUGGUUUUUAUACAUAA